AUGGGGUUCAUUGCAGACACGAAACAGGCAAUUCGGGAUUCUCCCAAGGGGAUGUUCAAUUGGUACGUGAUGAUGUGUACUUGUAUCUUUGCCUUUUCUGGUGUGUCCAAGGGGUUUGAUGAAGGAAAUAUCGCCUCAAUCGUGGUGCAAAGCCACUUCAGGAAAGUCUUUGGCCUCUCCAAAGAGUCCGAUGCCCAGUAUGCCAAUACGAAAGGUUGGCUAGUCUCGAUUGCGACUGCUGGUGCCGUCUUUGGAUGUUUAGGGUGCCUACCCCUGACAGACAAGAUUGGAAGGCGCUGGACCUUGUUGAUUGCAACUGUGAUUUAUAUGGCCGGCGUUCUCGGACAGGGUCUUAACGGUGGAAGCCUCUCUGGCAUGUAUGCCUCUAGAUUCAUCGCGGGAAUGGGAAUCGGCGCUACAACCGUUAUUCCCCCAAUGUAUAUCACUGAGAUUGCCCCCAAAUCCAUUCGAGGACUCCUCACCAUCCAAUACGCCGCCUGCCAACAACUCGGUGUGGUAUUCGGUUUCUUUAUCAACUACGGAGUAACCAAAAGCUACGCCGGCACAAACACGCAAUGGAUGCUUCCAACUCUACUGCAACUUCUUCCAGCCUCUAUCUGGGGUCUCGGCAUCUUUCUCUGCCCCGAGUCCCCACGCUGGCUUUUGUACAUUGGAAAACGGGAGCAGGCCAUGUCCAACCUAGGGAAGCUGCGCCAUCUCCCUGUAGACCACCCAGUCCUCCUCGCCGAAGUCGCAGGUAUGGAUGCGCGGAUUCUCCAUGAAACAGAAGCAGUUGGGAACUCUGGGCUAUGGGAACUUCUGAAAGAAACUCUCGUUCCCGUUGAAAACAGACGUCGUUUCUUCCUGAUCUUCAUGGCAACGCUCUUCUCCCAAUGGUCUGGUGCGAACGCUAUUACGCAGUACUCACCAACUAUCUUUGGCUACCUGGGUAUCUCAGGAGACGAGUCCAAGUUCUUGGCGACCGGUAUCUAUGCCAUCGUCAAGUUUGUGAGCACACUAGCGUUCGCACUCUUCGUGGUCGACUUCAUCGGUCGGCGCCGGUCGCUUUUGACAGGCAUCUGUCUCCAGAUUAUAACCCUGGCCUACGUUGGUGGUUACCUGGGUGGAACGAAGGACAUGACAGCAAGUCAAAUCACCAACUCACCGAAUGCUGCCCGCGCAUCGACUGGUGCGAUAGUGGCCAUCUACUUCCACGCCGUGGCAUGGAGUAUCGGAUGGUUCAGUAUCCCGUACCUGAUUGGGUCCGAAAUUUUCCCGACAAAGAUUCGUUCGUUCAAUAUGUCUAUUGCCAUGGGCUUUCACUGGGCGUUCUACUUUGGCUGUUCGCGGGCGAUGCCAAGUCUGCUCGCUGCCAGCCAGAAAUGGGGUGCCUUUGUUUUCUUCGGAUGUAUUUGCCUGAUUUCUUUGAUUUAUGUUUACUUUGCUAUGCCGGAUACAACUGGGCGAUCGCUUGAAGCUCUGGAUGGUCUCUUCCAGCGGCCCUGGUAUACCGUGCACCGAGUCGCCUAUGCCGAAAAGGAUGAGAUCCAGAUUGAACAGCUCGGAAAGAGAGAUUUGGCUCCACGUGCCGAACAUUGCGAAGAGGCAUGA